AUGCUAUCACUACAGAGUCAUAGAAAGGGUGUGAGGAGGAGGGCAUUUGCGAUUGGAGGAAUUUUACAGACUGAUUGGGCGGGAACUAAAAGUAGAAGGGAAAAGACGACGAGCAGAGAGACAGAACUGCAUGUCACUCUUUGUUUUCAAAUUGUCUUUCGUUACCAUUCUUCAGAAUUCUUGCUUUUUCUCUUCCAUCUUCUUUCUUCCUGUUAUUCUGCUAUUCUAGAUAUUUCUGAAAUCAUUCCGUUAUCCAUAUCUUUUUUGUACCGUUCUACACUUAUUAAAUUAAUUUCCUUUUUCCAUUUGCUUCAUUCUUUCUUCUUAUCUCCACUUCUUACUUUCUUCAACCAUUCCUUAGAUUUCAUUCUUUUCUCUCAACUUUCACAUCGCCGCCUUCCUUCAACAUUUCUCUGCACUUCAUUCUUGUCAAUUUCUAUUAGACUUUCAUUUUCUUCGUUAAUUAUCUCUCUCCUUUUUCCCUUUUUCAUAAUCUCUCUCUUCUAUUUUUCUCUCUCUUUCUUUAUUUUCCUCUUCGUUUUAUACCUUGCUUCUCGUGCUACUCUUUCUCUUCUUAUCCAUAAUUUCACUUCAAAAAUAAUAUUCUUUGCCCUUCUUAUCUAUCUAUCUAUCUAUCUAUCUAUCUAUCUAUCUAUCUAUCUAUCUAUCUAUCUAUCUGCCUUUCAUUCUGUUUUUUCGAUUUAUUUCUCAUUGACGUUUUCCUUCGUAACAACAGACAUCUAA